AUGGGGGCAAACAUGGUGAAAGCAGCUAAAGAUUUAUUUGGUGUUGAAAAACACAUUCCAUGUUUUGCACACACAAUCAAUCUUGUGGUUGAAAACGUAAUAAAAAACACUGAUUCGUUAUUAAAUCUCUUAUCAAAAGUGCGAGAAGUUGUAAAAUAUUUCAAACACAGUACACAUGCUAGUGAUCAGCUUAGGAAAAGGCAAAUUGACGAAGGAAAAAAAGAAGGGAAUUGCAAAAAACUAAUUUUAGACGUCAGCACGCGUUGGAACAGUGUAUAUUACAUGGUGCAACGGUUUCUAGAAUUGUCUUCAUUAAUAUCUGAUAUAUUACUACAUCGUCCAUCUGCACCUCAAAUGCCUUCCGCCAUUAACCUUCAAGAACUUCAAGCUGUCUUAGUAGUAUUGCGACCAUUUGAAAACGUUACUUUAGAGAUGUCAUCGCAACGUAAUGUGACUAUUAGCAAAGUCCUUCCACUUGUGAGUUGCUUAAAUAAUAGCAUAACUUCGUACACACCUGAUACCGAAUUGGGGUCAAAAUUAAAAGAUGUUACAGUUGUAGAAAUAAACAAAAGAUUUGGGAAUAUUGAAAAAUUCUAUUCAUUUCCUAUUGCUACAUUACUUGAUCCUAGAUUUAAGAACCUUCAUUUCAAAGAUCCUGUUGAUUGUUCCAAAGCUAUUGCAAAGUUAAAAAUUUUAGUAUGUCAACAUAAUAUAAUAUCAUCUUCUUCUGAAGAUGAUCAACCUGAGGCUGUCGAAAAAAAAUUUGAUUUAUGGGAACAUCAUAAAAAUUUAGCGCCUCAAAAAUCAAAAAAAAAAUCAUCAAAAUCAACAACUAAAAAUCAGGAAUCAGCAUCAGACCAAAUGGUUAUGCAAUACUUAGGAACACCGGUUAUAAAUCUCUCCCAAGAUCCUAUUGAAACAUUUGAAGAAAUGAAAACGGUGUACCCACAACAGUACAACGAAAGUCAGAAAAUGUUCUGUAUUUUGGCGACAUGA